UGGGUGGGAUUUUAUUGCCCCCCAUUUCAUCACCAGCCCCAGGUGCUGCUCGCCAUCUCUCCACUGUGAAGAUGAGGAACCUCCUGCUCGCCCUGCUGCUGGCUUGUGGGCUGCAUUUGGCACAUAGCAGUGUGUUGGAGCUGGAGAGCAUGAUCAGAGUGACCACAGGGAAAAGCGCCUUGCUCACCUACAGCUGGUAUGGGUGCUUCUGUGGCAUCGGGGGUAGAGGGACCCCAGUGGACCCCACUGAUAGCUGCUGCCAUGCCCAUGACUGCUGCUACAGGAGGCUGAGAGAGAGCGGCUGCAGCCCCCUGAUAACCCCCUACCAAUUUGAUGUCACCAAUGGGAACAUUACCUGCGGUAAUGAGCAGAGCUGGUGCAAGAGAGAGAUCUGCCUGUGUGACAAGGCUGUGGCUUCGUGCUUUGCCAGCGCCCUGCCUUCCUACAAUGUGUUCUACCGCUUCUACUUCAAGCUGAGGUGCAAAGGCAGCAAGCUCCAGUGCUGAAAUCCACACAGUGUCUGCUGGUUUUGAGUGCCUUAUUGCUAUGGGAAGGGCAGGGUGAUGUGGGUGCUGAGAGGGGCUGCUCCCCCUCUCCUCCUCCUGGUGAGGUGACACACAGGGUGAGCAGGGCACAAGCUAUGGCUGGAGAUCCCCAGCUCUCCAAAAGCAAUAUCCUUUCCCCUUCCUCCUCUCUUCUCAACUGAUUUUGUUUUCCAGCCAAAGGAAAAAGGAAUUGAAUAAAAGGUGUGAAAAAUA